GUUUUAACCGGAUGUUGUUACGUCAGGUUGUCACAUCUAUUGCGUCAUCAGUCAUCAGGAGCUCGCGCAGUGUUUGACAGAUGUUAAACCGCUGCAGUCAGAAGGAGAACCGGCGGAGGACAGCUGUGUACUCUGGAUCUUUACCCGACAGAGGAGCGACUUCUCCCGUGGAAACAUGUCGGCCAACAGGGCAACGAGUCCGUGCAACAAAUUCCAGGAGAAUAUUUUUAACAAAAGUAAAUGUCAGAACUGUUUUAAACCCCGAGAACUCCACCUUCUGAGCGACAAAAACAUGGAGCAGGUUAGGCCGGUGUACGGAGGCUGGCUGUGUUUGGCUCCUGAGGGGACAGACUUUGAAAACCCUGUGCAGAGAUCCAGGAAAUGGCAGCGACGGUUCUUCAUCCUGUACGAAGACGGCUGUUUGAGCUUUGCACUUGAUGAACAGCCGAGCACUCUUCCUCAGGGGACCAUGAAUCUGACUGUGAGCUCUGAUGUAAGCAACGCAGAAGCAAGGACAGGUCAGAGGAACGCUCUGUGCAUCUCCACGCCACAACAGGAAGUUUACAUCAGAGGAGACAGCAAAGACAUCAUCAACGGGUGGAGUGAUCAGUUCUCCAGCUUUCUGCAUACCAGCAAACAGAACCAGAAGAAGAAACGUAAAGUGGAGCCUGUGACCUCCCAGGAGCCCAGUCCAGCAAAGAUGGCUGCCACAGAUCAAAGUUUCUCAUCCUCAGAGAGUCUUGGGGAGUCCAGAUCAGACGACGCAUCUCAAAGUGUGAGUCCGCUCUGCAGGGAUGAAGAACGUUUGUUUGACUCAGUCUGUUCACCUGACCUGCUGAGCAGGAACACAGAGGCUGACAGGAACAAUAUCAGAACAAAGAUCCAGAACCAGACACAAGACCGAAACCAGGUUCUAAACAUGGAUCAGGACCAGGACAGAAGACGUGGUGACUCUUCAGAGACGAUGCUGGGAGUGGACGGGCAGGAAGACAAGUCAGCUGUUUCCAGGAAGAGAGGGAGAGAGAGUCGCUCAAACACAAGAGAGAAGCUUCCAUCCUGCGGAGAUCUCACUCAGCUCUGCGUCUCACCCCCUCAGAGGAGGACCAGGUCUCUGGACAGCAGGACAACUGACACCGUCACCACCCUGGAUUUAUUAAACUUUAAAAAAGGUUGGAUGGUCAAACUGGAUGACAAUGAGCAGUGGAAGAAGUUCUGGUUUGUUCUGUCGACGAACACUCUGAGGUUUUACAGGGACUCUCUAGCCGAAGAGUGCUCAGAUCUUGAAGGAGAAAUCGAGCUGACACACUGUUAUAACGUUUCUGAGUGUGACGUUCAGAGGACGUAUGGGUUCCUGAUCCAAACUCUGCAGGGUGUUUUCACGCUGUCGGCCAUGACAGCAGGGAGCCGCAGGAGUUGGAUUCAGGCUCUGAUGAGGAACGUCCAUCCAGCAAACGCACCUGAUGUCACCAGUCUACCUGGACUCCGGGUCUCACCUGAGCUCCUCCACAGACCCGACCUGACUCUGGACUCCCCGUCCUCAGAGAGAGACGCUCAGAUUAAACAUGUCAGUGUGGCGCAGAGACGAAAAGAUGGACGGAACAGGACCUUGUACUGGACUGGGUUCAAGUCUCAGACUGAACCCAGUCAGGACCCUCAGAGAAAUGGAGCCGUGAGCACUGAGGGGAGGAGGAGGAAGGAAGAGAGAAGGAGGAGGUAUGAGGGCAUGCUGGACCUGUCUCUGAGUCCAGACUCACAGCAGAGGACAGAGGAGGAGUGCUGGAGGAAAGAGGAAGUGGAGGAGUGCUGGAGGAAGGUGGAGACGCUUUUCUUCAGACCAGAGAAUAGUGUUCCUGUUUUUACUGAGAGCAGAGACUCUGAGGAGCUCCUGGACCAGUACCGGACGAAGGUGGAGGAUCUAAAGGCUCGGUUGGAAGACUCAGAGCAUCUCAGACUAAAGCUAGAGGAUCAGCUGAAGGCAGCAACCGAUCAUGACCAAUCAUCAGACAUCCAAGUAGAGGCUCUGAGAGGAACCAGAGAGAGCUCACAGCAGGUGAAAACUCCUCCUGUAACACCCACCAUCCUGCUGCUUGACUCAGAGGGAAACCUGAGAGACCUGCUUCAUACAGGCACCACACCCUCAUCAUCGUCACCAUCAUCACUUGUGUCACACAUAGAGGGAAAGACUAACUCAGACCUGCAGAAUCAUCAGGGCUGUGAGCGUGUUCACGGCUCAGACAUAAUAAUGGAUAUCAGAGAGUCAUCAUUGAUCACUGAUCAGUCUGCUGACAUUGAUGACUCCCCUCAGAGCAUCUGUGUGGAGCAGCAUCUUCCUCCAGACCAUGAGGUGCAGAGGAGGCUCACACAGGACAUGCAGCUGCUCCUCUGCCAGGAGGAGGCUCUGAACCAGAGGAACCAGGAGCUGCUGCACCAGCUGACCGAGGCUAACCAUGAGAUUGAGGGCCUGAGGGCAGAGAUUAGCAGGAGGUCCUCUGAAACCCAACAACUCCCUUAUGAAGAGCUCCAACACCUCCUUGGUGAAGAACCUGGACACCUCCAUGAAGAAGAGGAGGAGGAGGGGGAGGAGGAAAGCGAAGCGGUUGAGGUCUUGCAGGCUGGGCUAAUUCUGAGGAGCCAGGAGCUGCUAGAGGCUCAGAGUCUGAUCUCCUCCCUUGUUGAAAGUCUGAGGGAGACUGAGGAGCUGUUAGAGGUGAGCGAUGCUGCGGAAAAAGGGGAGGAGCUAAAGGAGGACACUGAGGAAGAGGAGGAACUUCGCCCUCAGUGUUUUGAGGAACCUGAGGUGAAGCUUGAGACACAGCCUUACCAAUCAGAGCAGAACUUUGAGGGGCUUCACAUGCAGAAUACUGAAAUUGAGGAGGUGGAGAAAUGUAACCAUCAAUUGACUGAGGAGGCGGAGCCUGAAUUCAGGGGGUGGAGUCACAUGGAUGAAGAGAGCAGCAGAGUUUUAGUUUCUGUUGAAGAAAAGAUCUGUGCAGUGAUUGAGGACAUGAUGAAGAGGAUGAAGGCUGUGGAUAAACUCUGGGAGCUGAUGCAGGAGGUGGAGGUUAGCCUGAGUGAUGAGGAGGAAGAGCCAAUGAUGAAGAGUCAGCUGAAGAUGGAGGAGGUGCUUUGGAGGUCCAUGCUCACUAAACUUGAGACAAAUGGCUCCAAAGACCUGGAGGAGAAACCAGAGAAGGAGCUCCUCAGGGAGGUGACGGAGAGGAUGAUGGUGGAGAAGCAGAUACUGUGUUUAGGGCUAAGUCUAAUUCCUGAAACAGGUGAAGGCAAAGAUCUGAUGGAUAUAAAUUUAAUCUGUAGGACAGAUGAAAUUCAUUUCAGAGAUGUCACAAAGAUGAAAAUUUCUUUGUUGAAUCUUAUUGCCUCCUCCGUCAGCUCCUCCAUCAGCUCCACCAUCCAGGAUAGACUCCACCUGCUGGCCACCAGACUUUCAGACUCUCAACUGUCAGAUGAUUCCUGGUUCAGGCUCUCUCUCUUUGCAGCUGCUGAAUCUCUGUCCUGUAGUCGUUUAAAUCAUCUUCAGUCAAAGUGUGAGAGAAAACCUGAAGACAAAAAACAGACUCCCCCAACUUCUUCUACUCCUUCUCUGUGCUCAAACUGUGUCGACCUGCUGAAAGAAAACCAAGAGCUGAGGGAAAAACUAACAAACAGAGGGGAGCAACAAUCAUCAUCAUCAUCGAUGAGGGAGCAGACAGACUCAAGCUGUCAGACAGAAGAGACUCAAACACAGGACGUUGAGACUGAGAUGGAAUAUCAAAUUAUCUCAGAGGAAAAUGUUGAACAGGCAGAAGAGGAGGAGGAGGAUAAAGAUGAGGAGAAGAUGGAGGAGGACUCAAUGAAAGGAGAAGAAUCCGCAGAAGCAGACAUAGAGGAGAUUUUGCUGUUGAGAGGACUCGUGAAGGAGCUGGAGGAGCAGCUGUUCGUCAUGAAAGAGGGGUUUGAUGGGAAACUGAGUUCUGUUCAGAGGCAACACGAGAAAGAGAUGGACAAACUGAAGGCCACUUGUGGGCGGGGCUUGGGCUCCAUGGAGGAGUCGCACUCGAAGGUGGUGGAGGAGCUGCAGCGUCGACACCAUCAGGAGGUGGAGCGCCUCCUGAUGGAGAGAGACAGACUGCUGGAGGAGGAGAGCGCUGCCACUGCAACUGCAAUCGAGGCAAUAAAAAAUGCACACCGUGUGGAGCUUCAGGAGGAGAACAGGAGACAUCAGUGUGAGUGCAGCUCAGGAAACACUCCCCUGGAAGAAAUAUACAGACGGCACAGGGAGGAGCUGGCCUCCUCUCAGAGGGAGCUGCAGGUGCUCUCUCAGCAGUUCUCUCUCAGGUGUUUGGAGGUCGGCCAUCUUGUUCAGGCCCUGGAGGCGGAGAGGAAAGCACUGAGUGUGUGUCAGCAAGAGAACCAGCACCUGAGGACCAGGAACCAAGAGUUAAGUGCUCACCUGGCGGCAGAGAUCACCAGGCUGUGCUCUCAGGUGAAGCAGGAUGACCUGCCACUCAGUCAGAGGAUGGACGUUUAUGAGAUGGAGAUCACUCUGAGAGUGAAGGAGUCCGAGGUUCAGAGUCUGAUACAGGAGACAACAUCUCUGAAGGACGAACUGCAGACUGCUCAGAGUGAAAAGAGAAACGCCACGAAGAAAUACAAAGAGAUGUUAACAGAGCUGAACGUCCUAAGAGCCAAAACUGAGCGAGAGACGCAUGAACUGAGAGAGAACCUAAGGCUGGCUCACUGUGCUCUGGACCAGACUUACACCUGAAAAAUACAAUAAUAACUCACUGUAACUUCAUUCUAUAGUUUGUUUUUAUUUAUGAUUAAUAUCACCUCCUGCUUCGUAUUUAAAGCAUACAAAAGCUUCACAAAACAAUCGCAUGUCACACUUCUUGUAACCUCUAUUUUUAAAGAUUAAACAUGUUCAAAAUGUC